AUGGAGAGCAAGGUCCAUUCAGAGCUCUGCUUUCCACAGCUGGCCAACCUGUCCUGCAGGAAGUCCAUGUCUGAAUCAUCUGGAGAUGUCCUUUUGAAUGUUCUGCUGUCUUUAGCCUGUGUCCUCACUGUGCUGCUCAAUUUGCUCGUCAUUGUCGCAAUCUCCCAUUUCAGGCAGCUUCACACUCCCACCAACCUGCUCCUCCUCUCUCUCGCCAUCUCAGACUUCCUGGUGGGUCUCCUGGUUUGGCCUGGUGAGAUCUACGUCAACACAGCCUGCUGGGCUUUUGGCGACAUAGCAUGCUUUUGCUAUCAAUUUGCCUCCUUCAUCAUCACGUCCGCUUCAGUGGGAAACAUGGUGUUGAUAUCAGCUGAUCGUUACAUUGCCAUAUGUGAUCCCCUCCAUUAUAACAUCAAAGUCACUGUGAAAAGAAUCCAACUUUGUGUUUGUCUCUGCUGGUUCUUGUCUCUUUUGUACUGUUGCAUUCUUUUGAGGGAUCAGCUUGCUCAUCCGGAAAAAUGCAGCUCAUGUUAUGGGGAGUGUGUUAUUAAUGUUGACACGGAUGGCGGGAUUCUUGAUUUGGUUGUAAUUUUCAUCCUCCCUCUCAGCAUUAUCAUCACGCUGUACACCAGAGUGUUCAUGGUUGCUAUGUCUCAGGCGCGAGCCAUGCGUUCUCACGUCACAUGUGGCAAAGUACAGAAUUCUGUCCCUUUAGGCGCAAAGAAAUCCGAGCUGAAAGCGGCCAGGACUCUCGGUGUUCUGGUUCUUGUCUUCCUUGUCUGCUUUUGUCCAUUUUACAUUUCUUCUCUCGUAGGUGACAUAAGCUUUUCAUCAUCCGCACAUUAUGUUGUCUACCUGUUUGAUUUCAACUCGUGUGUAAACCCCUUGAUUUAUGCCCUGUUCUACCCCUGGUUUAGAAAAGCUGUUAAACAUAUUGUAACUCUGCGCAUACUGCAGCCUGGCUCCUGUGGGGCCAAACUGGUGUAG